GAUGAUCAAGAUACAUUGAAGGUGUUUGAAGAUGUACAAGUUAGAUUAGAUGACUUGGAGUCAUUGCUUAUCAAACAUAAUAAGAUACAACAACAACAACAGACUACAACUACUACUGAGGAGCAAAGACAAAAGAGAAAGAAACUUGCUAUAGGACAUCAAAUAGAGUUGUUGAUGAAUGAUCUUCAACAGAGAGUGUUGGAUAUGGAACGUCUGUUCAAGGGUGCACCCAUCAUGCUUCAUACAAAGUUCGCAGGUAGACUGCCACACUCCUUUGGUCAUCUGAUGACCAAGCCUGUAUUGCUAGACAUCGUUCAACAACUGCUUGACACAAGCGAUAUCAGUGGACAUCCAGAGUGGAACCUACGCGUCAAGACACCAAACAACAAGUCAUUCGACGUGCCCUGGCAUCAGGACGCUGCGUACCUGUCUGAGGGUGCAGAGAAGCUCGACCAGAUCACCUGUUGGAUACCCUUGGUGAACAUCACUAAAGAGAAUGGUCCGCUUGUGAUGAUUAGACAGCAGCCAGACCAGCCACUCUACACACACACCCUGCAACGUCUACGCGGCACAGAUGAUCUUAAGGACUCGUGGUACCUUGAGAUCUUGGAGAGUGAGCUACCAGCUGACAGACAGGUGGUUGAGACAGUGGGAUUGCGACGAGGCUCAGUUGUACUGUUCAAGAACAGUACAGUACAUCAAAGCUUGCCAAACAUGAGUAACUCUGUUCGUUGGACUGUCGACUUUAGAUUCCAAAAGACAUCCGAUCCAAGUGGUUUCAAUCCCAUCGACGUGGACCAAGUCAAGGUCAAGAUGAGUCUAAGGAGUGCCAGCCAACGUGCUGUACCAAUUGACUAUGCACAUUGGUCUGGUAACAAAGAUAUACUUAUGACAAACAACAGCAGUGGCGAUAACAACACUACGACAACAACAGAAGGAGAGAUUGAUUAUCAUAUUGAAGGACCUUGGUUUGACCGAUGGACACGUGAUACGAACAUCUCUUCCAGCUCCCCC